GUUGUAGUUUGAAGGGGAGGUGCUGACUGGAUGAGAUAUGUAGUGUCUUGCAAGGAGGGAGAUUCGGCUGCUGUAAAAAGAUUGGAACUGCUCAUCUCCUUGUGAUUCUCCUUCCCCUCUUCCUUGUGAUCUUAACCUUCCACCCAGCUGGAGGGGGCAGCUUUUCCCUAUGUAAAUGCCUCUUUCACAAACCAUUAAGAUCACUGACUUUUUACACACAUUACUGAAACAAACUGGUUCUCAAGCAGAACACAUGGCUGUUCUGUAGACUUAGACACAUUCCCUGCCAGGCAUAUGUGAAUAGACUGAUUAUGCAUGUACACAGGCUGUCACACAUGCACAGAGCCUGCUACAUACAUGUCUAAUUGUACAUAUAUGUGCUACAGACAUAUAGCCUGCUACAUACAUGUCUAAUUGUACAUAUAUGUGCUACAGACAUAUAGCCUAAUACAUAUUCAUAUAACCAACAAUACACAUCCAGAUCUAAUGCACAUGUUAGAGAAUACUGAUGCACAGUUGGGUUUUGUGUAACCCAUAGACAAAGAACAGCUAGAAUAACACUGUAGCAUCUAUUGUGUGUAUGUGUGUCGUCCUAUCCUCUCAAUACCAUGAUGUCCAGCGAUGAAUCCUCCCCUAACCUGCUGUGGUUACAAGAUGUGGCCAUACUUAUCUUCUUACGAACACGAAGACUGGUCCUCCAGGCUGGUAUUCUGCUCUGCGUCCUCCUUCUGCUGCUCUGGGUUUCUAUAUUUCUGUAUGGUAGCUUCUACUACUCUUAUAUGCCGACUGUAAAGUAUAGUAGCCCUGUCUACUACCAGUACAGCACUUCCUGUGACCCUCCUCCUGGGAUCCUCUGCUCGUUCCCCACAGCCAAUGUGUCUCUGCUGAGGAAUAACCGUGAUCGGGUACUUAUGCACGGACAGCCUUACCGCAUCUCUGUUGAACUCCAUCUCCCAGAAUCUUUGGCCAAUCAAGAUUUGGGAAUGUUCAUGAUGACAAUGUCAUGUUACACCAGAGGGGGGCAGCAGAUCUCCUUCACAGCUCGAUCAGCAAUGCUGCAUUACAAAUCUCGUCUCCUGCGCACCCUGGAAACACUCGCCACUUUUCCUCUGCUGCUUAUGGGUCUGUCUGAAGAAAAACAGUCUCUGGAGGUAGAACUGUACUCUGAGUACCGCGAGGACCCGUAUGUCCCAACAGUCGGCGCGCUGAUACAGAUACAGAGUCUCCGGAUACAGCUUUAUACCGCAGAGCUCCGUAUACACGCUCACUUUACUGGACUAAGGUACCUGCUGUACAAUUUCCCGGUCACGUCGGCUGUGAUCGCCAUUGGCAGUAACUUUGUAUUUCUGAGUGUCCUUGUGUUGCUCAGUUACAUACAGUGGGGAGUGAGGAGGACUUGGUUACAGCCAGAUGCAGGGAGUGUACAGGGCGAUAAGGGAGCAGAGUCUCGAGGAAGACGGGAGUCUGUCCAACAUGAUGACAAGUCACCAAGUGCCGAGACUAUUGGUCAGGAUGAUCAUGUGACAGGAGAGUGCAUUGAAGGCGGCGAAGACAAGGAGGAGCUGGUAAUCUCUCAGAGCAUACAGAGGACAGCACACACAGACUCACAGGACACUGUGCGAACAGAUGGAGAGAGGCGGGUUGACCUCAAUAAACCAAUCACAGAACUGCACAAGCGCAUUAUACAUAGCAGCAGCAAAUAAGGAGGAGGAAAGACGUUUAGACACACCUAUGCACUGUGCAACGUGUCAGUGUUACCACAGCCUGGACGGACAUUACACACUAAUUUAUAGAUAUAUAUUUAAACUAAUGGGUUUUGUCUGUAUGUUGCAACCUCCAUGUUCUAUUAUUACUUUCUGUUUGUUAUUUUUAAUAUCUGUAGUUAAUAUAUAUAAAGGGACAUUUUAAUAUAAUUGAUUCAUUUUCUAAUAUAACAUAAAUUCUUGUUGUUAACUUAUGUGAGCGAUGUCCGCAAAGGGUUUAAGUGCAUAGUUAGACUUGCACACGAGGCAAAGUUCUGUGCCAGCUAAAGACUGGGGGUGAUUGUUGGCUACAUGCGUAUGGUGAUUGGCUCAACAACCGUGGCCUUUGAGGACAUGUCUAAUUAUGUGGUUAAUCUAUUUGCAGAGGCUAAACACAAAGUUAUCAACAAACAUUUGUGUAAUAACAGAAGAGUCUAGCAAUUUAGUGCCUGUUAUAACAUUACAUGUCCCUGUAAGCUUUUCAUGUGAUUGGCCGGCUUAGUUACUGUAACAAUCUACAUUCCAAAUAAAUAUUGAUGAGAACCA